CCUCUUAAACUGAGCAACACAAAUACGAGCACGUAUCCAGCGUCAGAGAGAGCGGCAGCUUACGGAGAGUAUGUAGCACGUUUCACUCUUAGAAACGGCAGGAGGAGGAGGAGGAGGAGGAGGCUGUCGUUUAGUGACAGCGAGAAUAACAACAAAACUAAGCAAGAUAUACGAUGCUGGCGACAGCGAAGUAAUAUAUUUAUCUGUACCCCUAUAUAGUGGUUGAAUGUAAACGUGCUUUUAAUCUGCUGAAGAUGGAUAAAGGCAGACACCGACCUGCCUGACCAGUGGAGCCUGUCUCUAGAGGGAACACCGCUACCUCUUUGGAGUGCCAUGACCACAGGAGAGUGCUGCCAUCUGCCCGGCUCGCUGUGUGACUGCACUGGCAACGCGGCACUGUCCAAAACUGUGGAGGAGUCCGACGUCCGAAGGGCGCAGUACAUCACAGAGGUCACUGCAAAGGACGGCAGGCUCCUGUCCACAGUCAUCAAAGCGCUGGGGACACAAAGCGAUGGGCCCAUUUGCCGAAUCUGCCAUGAGGGGGGCAGCGGGGAAGGGCUGCUCUCCCCAUGUGAUUGCACUGGGACCUUGGGCACUGUGCACAAGAGCUGCCUGGAGAAGUGGCUCUCCUCCUCCAACACCAGCUACUGUGAGCUGUGCCACACAGAGUUCACUGUGGAGAGGAGGCCCCGGCCCCUGACUGAGUGGCUGCGAGACCCCGGCCCACGCAAUGAGAAGAGGACUCUGUUCUGUGACAUGGUGUGCUUCCUCUUCAUCACCCCACUGGCUGCCAUCUCGGGCUGGCUGUGUCUGCGGGGCGCCCAGGACCACCUCCAGUUCAACAGCCGGCUGGAGGCUGUGGGGCUCAUCGCACUCACCAUCGCACUCUUCACUAUCUACGUCCUCUGGACUCUGGUUUCAUUCCGCUAUCACUGGCAGCUGUAUACGGAAUGGAGACGAACCAAUCAGAAGGUCUGCCUGAUGAUUCCUGACGCCAAGGGCUCACACUCUACCCAGCAGUCCUUGCUGUCUGCCAAGCUGAUGAAGAAGACUGCUGACGAGACCAUCGUAUGAACCCCCCUCCCCCCUUCCUGGGUGAGAGUGGGGAAGAGGGGUGGUGUUGGGCUGAGCAGAAUGGGCUUGAUCUUCACGACGCCUCACACUCCAACUCUAAGUAAUUUUUUUUUUUUCAUCUAUAGAUAUUAACCUUCCUCAAAUUGUAUUUCCCUAUGAGCGAAGCCAACAAAAUCCGAAGUGUUUUCAUUACCCCUUCUUGUUGGUCUGCACGGAUCAUCCAAACGUUGCGUUAGUCUUGCCUACAGGCUUCCCAGUAAAGAUGGGGUCGGAUUAAUUUGAUGGCAUCUACCAGUAUAGAUGCUGUAUGUAAUCUUUACCUGAAAUGUAUGUAUUUUUGUUUUGUUCGAGCAAAUGCAAGAAUUGCGCAGCCUGCUUCUUGUAGUGUUCUUUUUUUGAAGACCAAUCGCAACAGAUGACUCUCUACAAUGUUUUGAGACCUUCCAUUGGGAGGCAACAGAUGCAUUGGUGGAUCUCCUGCCCAGUCUCGGGAGACUUGGCUGUUCUCCUCCAGGUCUGCUAGAUUAACAAGUUAAAGUGACAUGAGCUGUAGAAGUCGGUGGUGGCUUUUACAUGGUCGAAGUGGAGGACGGAGGUUUGUGACGAGUCUGUCCUUUUUGUUUUAAGUGUAAAAACGGGAGUGACUGUCAUCUCGUAGAAGGUGCAAUAAACUUUUAGAGCACUGUCCUUGUCGCCGUGUGAAAUGGACACACAAACCCGCGGUUUUGCAUGCAUGCACAUAAGAUGUUUGUUUGUAGGGAAGACAAACAUGUUUCUUAUAUGCCAUUUCCAAAAAAUAAUAAUUUAAAGACCCAAGCCUUGCAACUUCCCCAAAAAAAAAAAACAAAAAAAACUUUGUGGUAAAUUUGGAAGGAGAGUCUCUGGAGACCAGCUUCAUGCACUUUGAGUGCAACAGGGUCAUUGGACGCUCGGGAAGAAUUAUUUUUAACAAACACUAAGGUGCUACAGUUAUAUUAUACUUAAUCUUUUUUUUUUUUUUUUUUUUUUUGAAGAAAUACCUUUCACAAAUGCACUUGCGUAAGAUUAGGUCAAUUGAUUUCUAUAUAGUGUGUGUGUGUGUGUGUGUAUAUAUAUAUAUAUAUAUAUAUAUAUAUAUAUAUAUAUAUAUAUAUAUAUAUAUAUAUAUAUAUAUAAAAUCUGGUAGUAAGGAGGAGUCCUUUUCAAAUCCAUGUUGAUGUUCAGCAAGUAUCUUCUAAUCAGCAUCAGUCAGCAUGUGAAGGUGUGCCACAGACAGGUGUGCCACAGACGCGAGUCGGGGACAGUGUUGCAUUAAUGCUCUUGGCUGAUCUGUUGAGUGCAGGCAGCCCAGUGGGUACUGGGCUGUGAUGCGUGACACUGGAACACACAUUCUCCAGGGCUGUGGAUACUUCUAAUAUAAUUACGUUCUUACGACAGGGAAUUAAAUCUAAAGCAUUAGGAUAGAUCCAGCAUGGUUUUGUGGCAUCUUUUUUCAUUUCAAUGUUUGGAGCGGCAUGGAGACUUUUAAAUGUGGACUGAACAAAAAUACCAAUUGGGGACUGUUUGUAAGACACUAGUUUUCCUGUAACGCUCCAGAUCUCUCAUUUCAUCAUAAUUUCACAAUGAUGCACUUAAUGGGUGAAGGCUAAAUUAUUGCACAAGUCUUCCCUGUUGUGCUCUACCAUUCGCUAUAGGGGUUUCUUGUGCAAUUUUCAGUAGCUUCCUUACCUGUAGCCCCUUUAGGUAUGUGAAAUGAGAUUGUUGCAACUCUCUCUACACACAUGCAUACUGUUAGUGAAUACCCUUAAGAUGAAACCCAGCGAACUACCUUCAAAAUUGAAAACUACCAAAGCUUUAAUUCGGGGGCAAUAGGAGGGAUCAGAACAAAUCUUGCACCCUAAAUUGGUUUCAAGAUUUUGAAAACCUGGGGGGUUUAAAAAAAAAAAAAAAACCCACACCUCUUGCUUACAAUCGUGUGUUUUUUAGUGUUCCCUUUUUUUAAAUUAGUUUUAUUGUGAAGAUGCCAAGCCCAUAGAGUAAGCUGGUGUUGCGUACCCUUUUGUAUUGAUGGACCUCAUCUUGGAAGUUUAUUUUGUGUAGUAGAAUAGAAAUGGCCUUGUAGCACUUUGCGUUUUUGUGUCUCGUCCUUUACCAGAAUGUUGUGGUCACCAGCAAGCUAGCUGAAACUGCUAUGCAAGCAAGAAAAAAAGCGUUUGUAGCAAAGAAAUUCCUGUUCCUUUCCCGAUUCCUCCAUGCACCCAAAUCCCUGCGUGUAUCUUUACUGCUGUCCGCAGCCUGAAGCCUGCGGAUGAUUGUGCAAUCGUACUGACCGAAAAAUGCUGCCUAAAAUGAUUUCCAUUGUAUUGUUUAAAGGUAUGGCCUGCUUUGGUUGUUGGCACCCAAAGCAAAGAGGGUGGGUGGUAGAUCUGCACAGUUAGAGGUGGUUUUGGUGUUCUUUUAAUGAUCUGUGGAAAAUAAAGAAGGAAACAAUGCACAUGAAUUUGAAAGAUUGUAUAUGAUAGUCCUUGGAGAUGGUCAUUUUCAGGACUCGGCACCAUGCUGCAUGGUAAUGGACAUUUAAAUUAUAAUAAUAGUCUUGGCUAUGGACAAACAAAACAGAGUUUUACACAGUUCCAUGCGUGUUGGACGUGUUCACUGCCAUGGACACUGAUAACUCUUGCCAUGUCAUGCGUCUCCCUGUAUGGACAAGUUUCCGACCCCUGGACAUUUAUAAGCACUUGUUUUGUAUAGAUAUCCCCCCCACCCCACCGAGUUGGUUAAAUAUCGUGCCAAAGGCUGAACCCCAAUAAAAUAAAAAUAUAUUUAUGUGGCACCUUGAACAAAAAAAAUUUAAAAGCUCUAUAUACCGUAGAUAGUGUUUUAAUUGUAUUGUAAGAAAUGGUUCUCUCCUUGAAUGGAUCACAUCCAUAGUAACAGUUCUGCCAGCUGGCAUAGUUAACUGCUCAAGUGCCAAUUGAUUUUAAAUCCGCCUAAUGCUACCCAGGGGUGGAUGGUUAUAGGCAAUUAUACUACUAGUGUUUGUAAAAUAAAUGAAUGAAUUAAUAAAUACAUGCAUUAAAAAAACAA